UCUUACUCUAGUGCAUAUGCGCUUGAUCAACUUCAGUCACUUUGGUUAUGUUUAACCAAGAUUAGUCGGAAAUCGCGACGCAAUCAAUUAUAAGUAUUAAAUAUAGUGUCCGAUAAACGCAUAACUGUCUUUUUAUCGUUUCUGCAAUCAAAACAAGCCGGACAUGAUCGGGAAAUUAGAUUUGCAUCGCGCGCGCGCGUACCUUAAUUUCACGUACGAGAUAAACCGCGAUAUAGGUUAAGUGACACUGCACGAAACACGAUGUUUGCGGGGCAUAACAAAAUUAUUUUGAUUACGUGGCUGGUGCGAAGCACAUGAGUUUCACAUCGAGAAGUUUAUUGUAUCCCGUGAAAAAAAGCGGCGAUGCACGGUGAUAACGGAUAAAAAAAAAAUCACAGUGACAGUUAAGCCACGAUGAUUCUAUUUAGAGUGGGGUCGAUUCUAGGCCUUUUAAUUUUGGUCAGCGGAUUCCGGGAGUACAAGAGAAAGGAUCUGAUCGCUCUUCGCGAGGAGGUUCGCUCCAUGUUCGAUUACGCUUAUUCUGGUUACCUGACGCACGCUUAUCCAUACGACGAACUGCGUUCACUGAGUUGCGACGGCUUUGAUACCUGGGGCAGUUUCUCCCUGACGUUGAUCGACGCCUUGGACACGCUUGCGGUCAUGGGCAACUUCUCCGAGUUCCGUCGUGUUGCCGAGAUAAUCAGCGCACGUGUAAACUUUGAGGCCAAUAUCAAUGUAUCCGUAUUCGAAACGAAUAUCCGGGUAGUCGGUGGACUGCUGAGCGCUCAUCUGUUAUCGCGCAAGGCUGGUGUUAAGUUGGAACCUGGUUGGCCCUGUAACGGUCCGCUGCUGCGUCUUGCCGAGGACAUGGCCAAGAGAUUGAUUGCAGCGUUCGACACACCUACAGGAAUGCCGUAUGGUACAGUUAAUCUGAAGUAUGGAGUACCUGAAGGCGAGACCAGCAUCACUUGCACCGCUGGCAUCGGCACUUUCCUGCUAGAAUUCGGUACUCUCUCUAGGUUAACAGGAGACCCGCUGUACGAGGAAGUAGCCAUGAAUGCGAUAAAGGCAUUGCAUUAUUACAAAUCAAACAUUGGUUUAGUUGGCAAUCACAUAGAUGUUCUCACCGGCCAUUGGACAGCCCAGGAUUCUGGUAUAGGCGCUGGAGUGGAUUCCUACUUCGAGUAUCUGGCAAAGGGCACGUUACUGUUUCAAGAUCCGUUACUGGCUUCGAUAUUCCGAGAGCACAGAAGAGCCAUAGAGAAGUAUAUUCGUCGAGAAGAUUGGCAUCUGUGGGUGUCGAUGACCAAGGGUCAGGUGACUCUACCGGUAUUUCAGUCAUUAGACGCAUACUGGCCUGGAGUAUUAAGUUUGUUCGGCGAGAUCGGAGACGCGAUGAAAUCUUUACACAAUUAUCAUCGUGUAUGGAAACAAUUCGGAUUCACUCCGGAAUUCUACAACAUACCGCAGGCUGAGGCAGGGACCAACAGGGAGGGUUAUCCGCUAAGACCUGAGCUCAUAGAAUCUGUUAUGUAUCUUUACAGAGCUACCAAAGAUCCAUACUUGAUUCAGGUAGGAGUGGACAUCCUGAGGAGCUUGCAGCACAGCGCCAGAACUGCAUGUGGCUAUGCAACCAUCAAUGAUGUUCGGGAUCAUCGCAAAGCGGACAGAAUGGAAUCUUUCUUUCUCGCGGAAACCACCAAGUACCUGUACCUGCUUUUCGACACGGACAACUUUAUCCAUAACACCGGUACCGAGGGAGAGAUAAUCGACACUCAAUGGGGCCAGUGCGUGGUGGAUGCUGGUGGGUACAUCUUCAAUACGGAGGCUCACCCAAUCGAUCCAGGAGCUUUGUAUUGUUGUCGGCCAGCGCAAGAUAUCUUUCCAUACAAAAGGCCGGUGCUGAAAAGAUUUCUACCAACGCCAAGCAGGCUAGAAGAUAACUCAUCGACGAACGAUCUUCGUUAUGAAAAGGAUGUUAUUAAAGAUCCAGACGUGCUGUCGAUCGCGAUUGCAAAGCUAUCUGAAAUUAGACAGUACUCUAUGAGCAAGAAAGAAAACGUAAUCAACGAGAGUUUCUCGUCGUCGAACGCUUCGUCGAUAGACCCUGUUGUGGAGAAAAAUGUGGAAGUCCAGGAAACAGAGAAGUCGAAUCAGAGCGCGAUUUCUAGUGUUCGGCUGCCGACAACGCAGGUUUUAGCACCCUCAACGAUUUACAAAGCCGACGAUAGCGAAGGUUCCGAGAAUUUCGAGCCACAAAUAUUAUCAAAUGAACAGUACUCUACUUCUGGUGCCACAACGCAGAGCAAUACUCGACAAAAUACGACACCAAGUCCCCCAAGGACCAGAUUCGAGCCCCAAAUAAUGCUGGAAAAAAUCAGACGCAGUAAUCUCUAUCCGACCAAUAUCACAGCGAGACAGAACUAUCAGAUCUUAUCCUGUCAAGCUCAACCAUUCCUACAACGAAUAUCGAUCAUAGGAGAAUUUUUUUAAGUAAUGCAUAAAGAAAAGACGAGAUAAAAGAUUUACAAAUCUUGCAAUUCACAAGUCUUGAGCACGAAAAUGGAUUUUACGCAAUCCCAUUUCGUGUAUGUUGUACUUUAAGACAUAUUAUUCCUGUGAUAAUGAUUGUUGUAUAGUUUCUAAUAAAUCUAUGAUGUACGGAUAAA